GGGGGGUGCUACGGGCCCCGGCGGCCCCGGGCUCCAAUGGCGAGGCCGGCGCGGCCCCUGCUAAUUACAUAAGCGGGACGUCAAUAAUUCGCGGGAAAACGCGAAAAAGAUGGCGCCCCGCGCCCGGGGGGCCCCUUCCUGAGCGCCCCGGCCCCUCCCUCCUCCACCCCCCCUCCUCCCCGUGGCGCCCCCGCCCCGCCCCGCCCCCGCCGAGACCCCGACCCCGGCCCCACGGGCGGACACUCGGCCAGGCAGCCGCAGGCCGAGCGCAGCCGCCUCCUCCGCGGAUGCGCCUGGUGGCCAGACUCCAAGUGGGACCGGCGGACACGCAGGCUCGCGUGUCAGUGGAAACUGAUGGAGAAUCGAGCUCUGGACCCAGGGACUCGGGACUCCUAUGGUGCCACCAGCCACCUCCCCAACAAGGGGGCCCUGGCAAAAGCCAAGAACAACUUCAAAGACCUGAUGUCCAAGCUGACAGAAGGCCAGUAUGUGCUUUGCCGGUGGACAGAUGGACUGUAUUACCUCGGGAAGAUCAAGAGGGUCAGCAGUUCAAAGCAGAGCUGCCUUGUGACUUUUGAAGACAAUUCCAAAUACUGGGUCCUGUGGAAGGACAUACAACAUGCUGGUGUUCCAGGAGAGGAGCCCAAGUGUAACAUCUGUCUGGGGAAGACAUCAGGGCCAUUGAAUGAGAUCCUCAUCUGUGGGAAGUGUGGCCUGGGUUACCACCAGCAGUGCCACAUCCCCAUAGCAGGCAGUGCCGACCGGCCCCUGCUCACACCUUGGUUCUGCCGACGCUGCAUCUUCGCGCUGGCUGUGCGGAAAGGCGGCGCGCUGAAGAAGGGUGCCAUCGCCAGGACGCUGCAGGCGGUGAAGAUGGUGCUGUCCUACCAGCCCGAGGAGCUCGAGUGGGACUCACCCCACCGCACCAACCAGCAGCAAUGCUACUGCUACUGCGGCGGGCCGGGAGAAUGGUAUCUGCGGAUGCUGCAGUGUUACCAGUGCAGGCAGUGGUUCCACGAGGCCUGCACCCAGUGCCUCAAUGAGCCCAUGAUGUUUGGAGACCGGUUCUACCUAUUCUUCUGCUCCGUGUGUAACCAGGGCCCAGAGUACAUCGAGAGGCUGCCCCUGCGAUGGGUGGACGUGGUUCAUCUGGCCCUCUACAACCUGGGGGUGCAGAGCAAGAAGAAGUACUUCGACUUUGAGGAGAUUCUGGCCUUCGUCAACCACCACUGGGAGCUCCUGCAGCUCGGCAAGCUCACCAACACCCCUGUGACGGACCGAGGACCGCAUCUCCUCAACGCGCUGAACAGCUACAAAAGCAGGUUCCUCUGUGGCAAGGAGAUCAAGAAGAAGAAAUGCAUCUUCCGGCUGCGCAUUCGCGUCCCGCCCAACCCACCAGGGAGGCUUCUGCCUGACAAGGGCCUGGUGCCCGCUGAGAACGGCGCCCCCUCUGAGCUGCGCAAGAGAGCAAAGAGCAAGCCUGGUUUGUUGCCUCACGAAUUCCAGCAGCAGAAAAGGCGAGUUUAUAGAAGAAAAAGAUCAAAGUUUUUGCUGGAAGAUGCUAUUCCCAGUAGCGACUUUACCUCGGCCUGGAGCACCAACCACCACCUGGCCAGCAUAUUUGACUUCACAUUGGAUGAAAUUCAGAGUUUAAAAAGUGCCAGCUCAGGCCAGACCUUCUUCUCAGACGUGGAUUCCACAGACGCCGCCAGCACGUCUGGCUCUGCCUCCACCAGCCUCUCCUAUGACUCCAGACGGACAGUGGGCAGCCGAAAGAGGAAGCUGGCAGCCAAAGCGUACACGCCACUGCGGGCCAAGCGGCGGGCAGCCGAGCUGGGUGGACGCUGCCCCUCAGACAGCAGUGCAGAGGGGGCUUUGGGCGCCGAGCGGCCAGACGAGGGCAUCGACAGCCACACGUUUGAGAGCAUCAGUGAAGAUGACUCAUCCCUGUCCCACCUCAAGUCGUCUAUCACUAACUACUUUGGCGCAGCUGGGCGGUUGGCCUGUGGGGAGAAGUACCAGGUGUUGGCUCGGAGGGUCACGCCCGAGGGCAAGGUGCAGUACCUGGUUGAAUGGGAAGGGACCACCCCUUACUGACUGCCCUCAGGGAAUGCCAGGAGCUCUGGAAAGCAAAGGCGAGAGAGCCUGUUCUCUUCAGGGUGGGAUGGAGAGGGAAGUGAGACAGCUGCCAGCACCUGACAACAGGCCCCCUCCUGCCCGCCUUCCUGGAGGUCAAGGUCUGCGCCUCUCUGCUGUGCCCAUUCGCCCUCCAGCCUCCUCAGGCCCAGCACCCCUUUGCCUGUGUCUCUAAGGUCCCGCCGGCUAUUUCUCAGUGUCUCCACACUCUACACUCCCUCAACCUGUUCAUCCGUUCCUCUGAAUGUGCGUCCCCCAGGUCUAGGACCCAUUUCCUGAGGCCUAAGAUCUUUCUCUUUGUCCCCAAUUUUGUGUCCUUUACCUCUCCCACUGCUUUUGGAUGUGUGUCUAGACACCCCAGCCCCACCCCCGCACACGCUGCCCCGCCACUGGUUCCCUCACACCUGACUCGGGGCAGCCAGUCCUCCCGGGACUGUUACAAGAACAGGGACCUUUAAGAAAGAGUGAAGAUGGAGGAGAGGAGCUCUCGGCUUUCCCGGCCCACUUUCCUGCCACUCCCCCUGCCCUUGCAGAAGGUGGAGAGGGUAGGAGAACGCCUCUGAAAGCCUGGGAGGCAGAGACUCUGGGACUCAGGAUCUGAGCAGUGAAGAGGCUGAGUCUCUGCCCGAGAAGGUACCAGCACCAGAGCCCAACUAGUAAGGCUGUGGUGUCCGCUGCUGAGGCCCCAGAAGUUUUCCUUUCCGUGGCCACUUCCCCUCUUAGUUAUCAUGGGACUGGGCGUGGCCUUGCUGGGAUAGAGGUUCACUUGAAAACUUGAGGACCAGGGAGAAGUGGGAGGGAAGGAAGCCGUGUGCCGCUGCACCGCAGGCUGGUUCCUGUGCCUGCCAUCCUCCGACCACCACACACAGGGGAACAGUCCACAUUCACUCACACACAAGCUUCUGUCUACAGGUGCUGUCACCCUCCAGGCGCCUCCAGGUGCACACACACAGUCCCACAUUCCCUCCAGUGCCUGCCUGGCUCCUGCCCUUGGCUUUCCUUUGGCCCUCUUCCAGGGCCCAUGUGCUGCAAGUAAAUGUGAAAGUCCAGCUCCUGCCCCCUUCUUUCAGCCUAUGAACCAGCUUUGACCUCACAGAGAAGCAGGGGGACUUACCUCCUGUGCCUCGUCCUUAUCCCCUGCCCCACCCUGAAAUUGACAAUCACUUUUUGGGACAGGUCAGGAGUUUUAAAGGGCCUGAGUCACUCAGUCGCCUCAAAGGGAAGCCUUUGUCAGUGGGAAUAUACAUAGAAUUCUCAGAACCAACAUUAAAACUCAGACCCAUCUGGAGGGAAGUCAAAAAACGGGAGGGGGAAGGGAGCCCUCAUUUUUGCUGCUUCCAGAGAUACUAGAAACUGACUCACUUGAUUGGAAAAUGGAAAGAAGUGCCUUAAGUAGGGGGAGGCGUUUGCACUAGAUGGGGACCAGCCCUGCCAACUGCUGCUGGGGCCUCCAGCUUGGCAGCUGCAAGGUGAAGGUGGGAAAACAGUGAGGGGAUGGCGGUGGGGAGAGCAGGCCUGAGGAGCUGGUUUUCCCAUUACUAGGCUGACCCCCUAUCCACCUGUGAGCCUUCAGGGGGUUCCUGUGACAGCUCGGAUGCCCCUUGCCUUAAGCCUCAGCUCCUAUAGUGCCUUUCAAAUGGGACCUCACUUCCUGUGCACAGCCCUCCCCUUCUCUGCUUCCCUGGCAUGGCCCACCACGAACAGUCUGUCUCCACCUUCUCAGCUCCACAGCUGCUGCCACUGAAGCUCCACUGGGGCCAGGUGGAAGUGGAGCUGAGAAGGCAGCCCCCAGCCCAGCAGGGGCCGGGGACCUGGGAUCCAGUCUGUGGCUUUCAGCCUGGCUUCCGAGAGCACAGCAGCCUCCUGGGCUUGCUUUCCAGGCCUGUGACAAAGCCCGGGAUGAGCAAGGACUGGUCCAGUGCACCUGCACCUUCUCCCCGUGAGCUCCAGAGGGGCUCUGGGCGUGAAGAGGGGGAAGGAGGGUAUGGGGUGUCGUCCCAGUUUGGGAAGUCAGCAUGAGGCCGAGGAAGGCCACCCUGACUCCGCACCCCAGCAUUUCAUUCAUACCAGACAAUAUCUGCAUUACUGCCAACUGACCUUAUAAUAAUCCUGUGCACCUUCAAAAAGAUUUAUGGUUUUGAAUUGCUGCUUAAUAACAUUUGUUAUAUUAAAGUUAUAAUUAAUGUGUCUGAUUUACAAUUUAAAAGUUCCGUUUGAAAAGUUGCCUAUCUUCCCUCUAGUGAACUAUCAGCAGGUGGGUAGCAGGAGGAAUUAUUUGGCUCUGGUUUCUGGUCUUAGUUCCCUUGAGAUUCAGGAGGAAUGGCGGGAUCCCAUCCUCUCUCUGGCCACCCUGCCACUGCCCACCAAUACUCCCACCCUUACCAGCAAGAGGAUGUGGAACCUUUUUUCUACUGUGAGUACCUGACCCAUGGGGGCUAAAAAUAUUAUUAGCUGAGGGCCACAGGGGAGUAAAAGAUGGGAAAUGAACUUAGAAAUUGACCCUGUUAAAGCACACAAGUACGGGCACUUUAAAACUAUUCAGUGCGCACAGGCACACAGCCCUAGAAACCUGACAAGAGUUCUAGGCCUGGCUCCUCUCGCUAGAACUUGUACCACUCUGGUCCGGGUCCUGAUUCAGUUUCCUCACCCUUCAUGUGCCAGAGAUAAUCCCUGCUGCAUUUAGGUCCCCAGUUUUUGAGAGGGAAACCUUUCACAUCUAAAUGUGAUGGAUGAUUAGCUUCUCUACACCUGGGGCAGUUUGGAGAGAGAAAAACAGACAUAAAGGAGUACGGAAAAGUCAGGUAUAGGGCCAAGGACGUGAAGGCCAAGGGUUUAACUGAAUUCUGUAGUUUCAGGGGUAAAGUGUAGCCUGUUAACCCCCUAAAUGUUCAUGUUUGUCCUUACAAAUCUUCAUUAACUAUGGCUCCCACGUUUUUCUACCGCUCCUUUGGUUUCAACCUUUAACUGCCCUCGGAACAAAACCACAGUUGGAGCUGCAGGUAGGGUGGGAGAGUGGGCAUUGUUCUUUGUGCUGAAAUCACAUAAUGUAAGUGAAAGAAAGGCAAGAGGUGUCAAGAGACCUGGGUUCUAGUGUCAGUUCUACGGUGAGCAGCUAAGUAGAGCUUCCUGAGGUCAGCUGUCCUCCCCAGGCUGGAGAGGGUGCUUCGUUCUGGUCUGGAUUGGUGUUUACAAAUCUACAACAGAUAUGUACUUUUGGAAUUUAGGAGCAAGAAAUUAGAAUUCUCAGAAAUUCCCUAAACCAUUAUGUUCUUAAAAUACUUCAAACAUUCUUCAUACUCUUUCCUUAUUAUUAUAUAUAUAUCUGGAAAAAAAUUGUUUAACAAAUAGGAAUAUUAAACUUAGUUGUAUUU